AUGGUCAAAGAAACACUGCUGUGGUGUCUGUGUAACGAAGGCUUUGGCUGCUGCCGUGGGCAACGAGCCCCGGGUCUCUACGUGGGUGUCUACGUGGGUGUCUACGUGGGUGUCUGCGUGGGUGUCUACGUGGGCCUCUACCCCUCGUGUGGCACCCACGGGCGCAUACUCUCUAUAUCCAGCCAAGGCAUCGACUUUAAAAUGCCGUCGACUCCACAGGGCACGACUCUGAUAGUUACGGAAAACCUGGGCGCCCCUCUGGGACCAGGGCUUAAUAGCAAGAAGUUUAAGGGAGAGAAUGACAGGGAAGGUGGCGGGGAAGACGGCGGGGAAGACGGCGGGGAAGACGGCGGGGAAGACGGCGGGGAAGACGGCGGGGAAGAUGGCGGGGAAGACGGCGGGGAAGAUGGCGGGGAAGAUGACCUGUUUGUGAGGUUCAACUCCAGCCACGGGUUCCCGGUGGAGGUCGACUCGGCCACCAGCAUCCUCCAGCUCAAGAAGGCGGUUGCCAAGCGACAGGGGGUUCCAGCCGACCAGCUGCGUGUGAUUUUUGCGGGGAAGGAGCUCAGGGAUGACUUGGUGGUGCAGAGCUGUGACCUGGACCAGCAGAGCAUCGUCCACGUAGUGCUGAGACCCAGGAGAGAAGGCCAGGCGACGACCCCCGGCGGGGACGGUCCCCGGAGCACUGCGGGCGCCUCCAGGAGGGAGCCUGAGAGCCUCACCCGCGUGGACUUCAGCAGCUCUGUCCUGCCGACCGACUCGGAGGGCCUGGCUGUCAUUUUGAAGGCUGACCGGCCCGCGGGGAGACCAGCAGGCAGACCAGCCUACAACAGCUUUUACGUCUACUGCAAAGGCCCCUGCCAAGGAGUGCAGCCAGGAAAACUCAGAGUGCGCUGCAGCUCCUGCCAGCAAACCACGCUCACCUUGGCCCAGGGCCCGUCCUGCUGGGAAGAUGUCUUAACCCCAAACCGGAUGAGUGGGGAAUGCCAGUCUCCAGGCUGCCCUGGGACAAGCGCAGAAUUUUUCUUUAAAUGUUCAGCACACCCGACCUCUGACGAAGAAACGUCAGUAGCUUUGAACCUGAUCACAACAAACCGUCGAGGAAUCCCCUGCAUCACAUGCACGGACGUCAGGAGCCCUGUCCUGGUUUUCCAGUGCAACCACCGCCACGUGAUCUGCUUGGACUGUUUCCACUUGUACUGCGUGACCAGGCUCAACGACCGGCAGUUCGUCCACGACCCGCAGCUCGGCUACUCGCUGCCCUGUGUGGCUGGCUGCCCCGACUCCUUGAUUAAAGAGCUCCAUCACUUCAGGAUCCUUGGAGAAGAGCAGUACAACCGGUACCAGCUCUACGGCGCCGAGGAGUGCGUGCUGCAGAUGGGCGGCGUGCUGUGCCCCGGCCCUGGCUGCGGGGCCGGGCUGCUCCCGGAGCCCCAGCAGCGGAAGGUCACAUGCGAAGGGGGCGACGGCCUGGGCUGUGGGCUCGUCUUCUGCCGGGACUGCAAGGACGCCUUCCACGAAGGGGAGUGCAGCGCCCUGGCCGCCCCGGGAGCCGCCGCCCAGGUCUACAGGGUGGAUGCGAAGGCCGCGGAGCAAGCUCGCUGGGAAGAAUCCUCCAAAGAAACCAUCAAGAAGACCACCAAGCCCUGCCCCCGCUGCCACGUGCCUGUGGAGAAGAAUGGAGGAUGCAUGCACAUGAAGUGCCCGCAGCCCCAGUGCCGGCUGGAGUGGUGCUGGAACUGCAGCUGCGAGUGGAGCCGCGCCUGCAUGGGCGACCACUGGUUCGACGUGUAGCUGCCACGGGCCCGCCACCGGCCGCCCAAGACACAGCGACCAGCGUCUGCGACUCUUCC